UGCAUGAUGAGGUACCAGGGGAGUAGCAGGGUGCUGGAGUGAGUGGGGUUUGUGGGCUUGGAGGUUGUGUGUCUAGGGUCUUUCUGGGUCUGUACCACUUCUGGAGCAUAGCUCAGACUUGCCAUUUAUAAACCUAUGCGUUUUAGCAGGUGCACUUGGGUGCCUGUCAGUUUCACCCCAGUUUCCCUUGCAAGGUGCUUCCAGCUACUGCAGAUGUUGAGAUUUACUUGCAGCCUCUUGCAGGGUUUUAUUCUGUGUGCAAAUGAGGAAACCUGCCAGCACACAAGAUAUAUGCAAAUUUGUCUGUGUAUCCUUAUAGCAACGAAUGUAUAUGCUUGCUCUGGGAACGAUGAGUGGGAUAGAACAGAAGAUAAAUCUUGAAGCCCUAAUUAAAUGGGUAGCAGCAGUGGCUGGUUCUUCCAAUUCACACCCACAGCACAUAUGGACCUUGUCCAUGUAAAAUGGGAUUAGACACUAGCUGAGUCAUAUUUGUGAAAGCUGUCAUACUUCCCUGAAUAAAUGCUCAUUGCAAAAGGCUGCAACCAAAACUUGGUCCCUUCAGUGACUGGAAGUGGUACUUUUUCAUCCAUCAGAAUGUUGGAAAUAUCCUCUUUUCCGUGGUAUAAUAAUAGAUUUGUUUCUAUCCCUCCAAUGGCGAAAGCAGUCCUUUGAAGUUUCUCAGGUGGUUGGGAUGGAAGAAUACAGUCAAAGGAAGAGACUAAUGAAGCAGAAGUCAACUGAAUCUCCUAUGUAAUACUGAAACACGAUGACAUUGGUGCCUGUGGGAUAUGGAAAUCAUUGACAGUAUCUAACAUGGUUGAGAAAGACAUGAGUGGACAAUGUGGCCCAGUUUCUGUAGACUACAGGUUUUCUGCAUGAUCCUGACAGUGUUGGCUUUUCUGCUGUUGGGCUACAACUUCCGUCAGUUAGAGCACUUGGAUCACAACACUGUCUCGGCGUUAAAUUGGAUAAAGGAGACCGGUGACCAGCAGUCUUCAUUGCCAACAACUAAAACUACGCGAAAGCUGUACUGUAAUUAUGAACAUCAAACUUUGUCCAAAACAGAACAAGCUGAGGAGGAAUCCUUGUUUGCUGCUAUACAGUGGCCAAAUCCCCCUGUAGGCAAAAUCCCAUUUAUAAGAAGCACUGAUCCUGCCCACAGCAAUUUUGUGAUUGUGAAUUCCCAUGUGCGCUUCAAGGUGGGAGAUCAGUUAGAGGUACGUGUCCACAUGAAGGAUUUUCAAGGCAAACCAAAACAGUAUGGCGGAGACUACAUACAGGCGAGAAUUCACUCUCCUCUACUGAAAGCUGGAGCAAUGGGAAGGGUUGUAGAUGAUCAGAAUGGGUUUUACAAAGUCUUUUUCACUCUACUUUGGCCAGGGGAGGUCAAAGUAUCUGUGUCUCUGGUCCACCCUAGUGAAGGGAUACAAGUCCUGAAGCGCUUACGGGAAGAAAAGCCAGAUAGAGUCUACUUUAAAAGCUUAUUCAGGUCUGGUAGCACUUCAGAAACCACUGUAUGCAAUGUGUGUUUGCCUGGAGAUCUGCCUGUCUGUAACUUCACAGACCUCUACACUGGUGAGCCCUGGUUCUGCUACAAGCCUAGAAAACUGUCCUGUGCCAACAGAAUCAACCACGCCAAGGGAGGAUAUCAAAAGGGCCUUCUGACACCUUCGGAGAGUCUCUUUUUCCAAACUGAUGUGAAUAUCAAAGUGCCAGUACUUCCCAGUGGCCCUGAUUCAGUGACUGUAGAACCCUUAGGACUUACAGAAUCAGCCAAUCUGGACAGAUCUCAGGGCCCAGCUGUUUUCCCUUUGGGUUACUAUUACCAAGACGAGUGGAGGCCAAGAACACAUUGGAUCCAUCAUUUUAACAAGACAGCUGAUAUUAGUAAAUGCUUACAAGGAAAAGUAGUCCACUUCUUUGGCGAUUCUACAGUAAGACAGUGGUUUGAAUAUCUGACCACAUUUGUUCCAGAUCUAGUGGAAUUUAACCUUGGGAGUCCUAAAAACUUAGGUCCUUUUAUGUCCGUGGACCUGAAGCACAAUGUCCUGCUGAAGUUCCGCUGUCAUGGGCCACCCAUUCGCUUUACCACUGUCUUCAGUAGCGAGCUACGCUACAUUGCCAAUGAGCUGAAUGGCAUUGUAGGCGGAAGAAACACUGUGAUAGCCAUAACCAUAUGGUCCCACUUCAGCACCUUCCCUGUGGAGGUGUACAUCCGAAGACUGAGGAACAUUCGUAGGUCCAUCAUUUUACUGCUGGAUCGCAGCCCCAAAACUGUGGUGGUCAUCAGAACAGCCAAUGUUCAGGAGCUUGGGCCAGAAGUGAGUCUCUUCAACAGUGACUGGUAUUCCUUUCAGCUUGACACAAUCAUGAGGAAGAUGUUCUCAGGAAUUGCUGUGUUCUUUGUGGACGCCUGGGAGAUGUCUCUGGCCCAUUACUUGCCACACAUCUUGCAUCCACAGGACAUCAUUAUUAAGAAUCAAAUAGAUGCAUUCCUGUCUUUCGUUUGUCCUUCAGAAACUUAGCACCAUCGGUGGAGAGGAGCCCCAUGACAUAUAUAUCAUGUUUUGCUGUAGCAUAACCAAUCAUUCUCUGCCAGAGCUAUAAAAUGAAGCUACAGGCAAACUGUAUGGUUACUGUUCCCACAUGUGAUCUCAGUUGUUUGGCCAUGGAGACAGAUGACUGCAAGUGGCAGUAAGGAGGAAUGGACUAAUUCUGACCAUUUUUAUAUCUUCCUGUAGGGAUGGUUCCUCUUGACCUUGUAAUUUGUCUCAGAUUACUAGGGUGCUCCUUAAAUCAAAACUACAAGACUCACUACAGAAGUACUUAAAUUAUUAGCUUUAUUAAUUGUCUGUCUGCACUGCAUGAGUAUUCAGACAGCACUGAUUCAGUUCCCAAAGUCCUUUCUCACCAUCCAGAGUACUGUGUGAAACCUGGGAAGGAUUGUUUGGGAACAGCCUUUCUUUGGUUGUUCCAAAGUUGUAUUGGGUAUCUCGAACAACCAAAUAUGUUACAUAUUGUGCUUCUGUGAUUGAAGUAAUCUGGGGAUACCUCUUCCAAAGUCCUAAUCAGGAGUCUAAAGGGGAUGUCCUAAAACCACUGGAUCAGUCCAGGAAGCACAACCUAAAAAGCCUGCAGAAUUAUCAGAAUAUUUAUUGGAUGUGUUGGCAUUGAUACAGCAUAUUAAUCAACCAUCCACAAUGUUUACAGAAUGGCUUCUAAAUAAUACAAAUAGCCAGCACCAGUAGUAGGUGCAGCACUACACCUGCAGCAACAACAACACUGCAAUAACUCAUUGGAAGUCUGAUAUUAAAAUGUUUGUUUUCCCCUCCUGUCAUGUGCUCUCUCUGUUUUACUAUUUCAUAGCUUCUUAUGAGACCUGGGCUUCUGUUUUAUAUUAAAGAAUAUAUUUGUUUUGAGGGGGACGAACACACAGAAUUACAUGGACUUCACAAACAGAUAAGGUGGGGGAGAGAGUCAAAUUUUGAGCCUACAACUCUUGACAGUGUCACUAUAAAUUCUUGCUCUGACCGAUCUUUGUUCUUCCACUUUUAUGUUGAGCAUUCUUUGCACCAUUUUCGUAGCUGCCAAAUCUGCCAGUUAUAUGGAGUACAAAAUACCUUCAGUGUUGCCCUGUGUACAGAUACUUGGUAAAUCUCUCCUGAACUUCCAGUGUUACAGCUGACAAUUUAUUGCUGAGUGGCACUUUUAGAGAAGGGGUUAAUAGAUUUGCACAUUGUGCUUCCUGUUUUGAUUGGACCUGGUUACAGUGUAAGUCCCACUUUGAUUUAUUGGCUUGAUAAAGUUCAAUUCCCAGAUUAAGCACUAGCGAUGAGAUCUUCAGAACUCUGCUCCCAUUGAAACCAAUGGGAAUUCUACCAUUGACUUCAGUGGGAACAGAGCAUUGCCAUCUUUCUCUUUUUGUAGCCCUUCUCUGCCACAGUCUCGCUCCCCUGUUGCUGUGCAUCAGGUGUGAGCAGAGUCCCAAGUGACAUGUCUCCAUCAGUGCAUGUGCAACAUGUCUGUAAUGAGAGCAUGCCCAUGAAUAUGCUGGAGUGAGUCACACACGCAGCUGUGUUCUACUUGCUCCUCAUCACAAACCAUAGCAAGGUAGGAGAAGAUUCAGCUUUAGAGUUUGAGAUGUGAAACUAGCUUGGCACUCAUUGGCUUCUAAACCCCAUAAAUCAGAUUAAAUUCACCUGGCUGCCAGCAUCAGAUUUACGGCAGCAUGGCAAGGUAGGAAGCUAUGCUAGCAGUGCUGUGGGAACCUCUCUGGCAGAGGUUGUGUGUUAUCCGUGAUCUGUAGGGAUUUUGUUGCCUUUAUUUAUGGUAGUACAAUGUUGUCAAGGCUGAAUCCAACUGUCUCCGAGGAUGCCAGUCCUCCUUGUGCCCACCAGAAAGAGUCUCCUUGAAUAAGAGACCUCCUUCUAUAACAAAUCUGGACCUGUUAGAAGAGCUGAGAGGCGGUGGUCGCUCCAUGCCGCUGUCCAAGCUCCCUCUCUCAUCCGCUUCUUGCUCUGCCUGGAACUGUUCCCUUGAUGCUGGAGACAUUAGUUCCUUGCUGGGUUGUGGACUUGGGCUUGGUCCCACUGGAAGCAAUGCAGGUGAUGGGGUUGUCUCUGUCAAUUGUGAACCGCUCUCCGCUGGUGCACUAGGUGGUAUUUCAGGCUCCGGUUGAGCCUCUUGCGCCGGUUUAGCUGCUGCUGCAGGUGCAGGCUCUGUGGUGCCCUUUGGUGCUGGCUCCCCUGACCCUGGUGGGGUUGCAAGCACGGGCUUUGGUGCUGACUGCUGCACCAGUUCCGAUCCUUGGGCUUGUUCUGGCAGAGUUCCAGGAACUGGAUCUACAACUGCUGCCGUAGACUCUGGUUUGAGGUCUGGUUCCACCACCUCUGGCUGGGUUCCUGUAGGAGGCUCAGGAAUGGAGUUAGGUGUGGAGGCCUGUGUAACCUGGCUGCAAGUGACCAUUCCCACCCUUUUUGUUAGCCUCACAUGGUUGGCUAAGUCUUCUCCCAGCAGCAUGGGAAUGGGAUAAUCAUCAUAGACUGCAAAAGUCCAUAUCCCUGACCAGCCCUUCUACUGGACAGGCAACUUGGCUGUAGGCAAGUUAAGAGUUGGCCUUAAAGGGUUGCACCAUCACUUGGGCCUCUGAGUUGAUGAAUUUGGGGUCCCCCAGGGAUUGGUGGAUAGCUGAUACCUGUGCUCCAGUGUCUCUCCAUGCAGUAAUCUUCCUCCGUCCCACACUCAAUUUCCCUUCACUCUGGGGGCAUUUGCGAGGCAUCUGGGCCUGAAGCUCUCAGUGGGACUCCAGGGUGAUGAGUUGUAGUCAGCUGGUACUCUUGGGGCAGUUGGCCUUCACAUGCCCCAGCUCAUUACAUUUAAAGCAUCGCCCAGCUGACUGUGGACUGGGGUGAGGUGGGUGGUUGGAGAGUAGGGUGGUGGGACGAAAGGGUAUCUGGGGUCUCCCUGGCUGUGUGGAAGACUCCUCCUUGGGAGGUGGGGCUUUGGGCUGACCCCGAUGGUGGGGUGCUGUCUCGGGUUGCCCCUUCUGGUAUCCGCUCCAACUUCUACUAGCUUUCUUCUUCUCCUCCACCUCCACCCAUUUGGUUCUGAUCUCCCCCACCUCAAUUAUAGUUUUGGGCUUUCCUCAGGAAUACCUUCUAAGAACUGCUCCAUUUGCAUUAGGAGAGACAGAUUUUCCAGAGAUUUAACACUUGCUUCUGAUAUCCAGGCAUCCCAAUUUUUUACAAUGUGGUAGGCAUGUUGGGAAAAUGCCAUGUCUGAUUUCCACCUUAGGGCUCUGAACUGCCGAUGGGCAUGCUCGGGUGUUAGCCCCAUUAUAAUUUUGGCCUUUUGUUUAGGCAUUUCAGCUGCCACCUCUGCUAAGGGUCCACUCAGUUGCGGCCUCAACUCCACCAUAUACUGGUCUGUAGGGGUGUUGUACCCAAGGCAGGCCCUUUCAGAAUUUGCUAAGAAGGCCUCUGUAUCAUUGCCUACCUUGUAUGUGGGGAAUUUCUUGGAAUGGGGAGCAGUACCUGGAGAAGGACUGUUAGGGUUACCUGGUUGAUCCAGCUUAGCCUUUUCCAGCUCUUAAGUGCUUCAGCUCCAUUUCCAAGCACUUCACUUCUCUCCUCUACUCUGCUUCCAUGCACAAACCUCUUAGGACACCAAAAAUCCAAUACUGUUCUUAAAAAUGGUAAAUUUUAUUAAAAACAAAAAGGAAGACAAUACAUCUGGAACUUAGGCUUUUGCUAGAUUUUAAAAGAGCAAUUCCAAAAAAUAAGACCCAAAAUAGCUUUCUGGGGGUUCAGCAUAAAAGUUACAAGUAAACAAAAGCAUCUGGAUUAGCACACAGGAGUCCACAAGCCUUAAAAAAUAAACAGAAAUAAACCUGAUCUCCUUUUCUAAACAUUCCUAAUUUACUUACAUAUUUGGGUUGUUAAAAGUAGUUC